AGCUCCCCCACAAGGCAAAUGAUGUAAGAUGGGAAGCAAUUCAAGCGAUCCGAGCACGUGAUGGGAUCUUGGAAAUGAGACAAUUCAGGGUGUUGAAGACAUUGGGGAGUGGAGACGUAGGAAAAGUUCAUCUAGCAGAGUUGAUUGGCACAGGAGCUUAUUUUGCCAUGAAAAUUAUGAAUAAAACGGAACUAGCGACUCGCAAGAAGCUUCUUAGGGUUCAGAGAAGAGAGAUAUUGCAGUCUUUGGAUCAUCCAUUUUCUGCCCAUUAUAUGCACACUGAGACACAGACAUUCUCUUGCCUAGUAAUGGAGUUCUGCCCUGGUGGGGACCUUCAUGCACUCAGGCAAAGACAACCUGGGAAUAUUUUUUCAGAGCACGCUGCCAGGUUCUAUGUGGCAGAGGUGCUUCUUGCUUUGGAGUACCUGCACAUGCUGGGGAUCAUCUACCGAGACCUUAAACCUGAGAAUGUUUUAGUGAGGGAAGAUGGUCACAUAAUGCUGUCAGAUUUCGACCUCUCUCUGAGGUGCACUGUCAGCCCAACUCUAGUAAGAUCAUCAAACCCUUCCAUGAAGACAAAAAGCUCAAGAUACUGUACUCCACCAGCUUGCAUUCAACCCACUUGUGUAAUGCAGCCAGAUUGCAUCCAACCUGCAUGUUUCACACCCCACCUACGAUCCGGAAAGUCCAAGAAAGAAAAAAAGUUGACAGCCAGAUAUGAAAUGCAUCAGCAGGUGGCCCCUCUUCCUGAGCUUAUUGCAGAGCCAACAAAUGCACGUUCGAUGUCCUUUGUGGGCACUCAUGAGUACUUGGCUCCAGAAAUUAUCAAAGGAGAAGGGCAUGGCAGUGCUGUGGACUGGUGGACUUUUGGGAUAUUCUUAUAUGAGCUUCUGUUUGGGAGAACGCCGUUCAAAGGUUCAGUAACUCGAGCAACUCUGCUCAAUGUGGUGGGCCAGCCCUUGAGAUUUCCAGAAUCACCUGGUGUCAGCUUUGCUGCUAGAGACUUGAUAAGGGGUUUGCUUGUGAAAGAGCCACAGCAUCGUCUUGCUUACAGACGUGGAGCUACCGAAAUCAAACAACAUCCAUUCUUUCAGAACGUUAAUUGGGCACUCAUUCGUUGCACUCAUCCUCCAGAUGUCCCCAGACAGGCCAUGAAAGCAGCUGCCACUGGUUUAAAGCCUUCCUAUGGUAAAUAUUUAGAUGUUGAUUACUUUUAAACCCUGAGAGCCUAGUCGGCUUCUCCUUUUUCUAUGUAGAUAGCCACCAAAGAAUUGUAUGUCACAACAUUAGGAGUGAUUCCUGCUUGAGCCAUUUCAUUCAUAAUUGUUUCCAUUUCUGCAAAUUGUUGAGACUUGAUACUGUUUGCCUGCAUCCAACAGACUAUUAUAUAUGGAAAGAUUUGGGCUGAAACAACCAUUUGUAUAUGAUUGGAUUCUGACCAUGUUCUCUAAAAAUUACUGGGAAAAAAUUUCUAAUUUCCCUCCAUCUGAACAGCCUUGGUUG